AUGAAGCUCCCAUCCCUCUUAACCUGCUCAUCUGUCACGCUUGUUGGCCUCGUCGGCAUGGCGACUGCCGACGCUGUGUGCGCCCGCAAUAAUUAUGCGCUCGAAAAGAAGUGGGUAGUCACCAUCGCCCCGGUGCCGAAAGACCAAGUCGGACCCACCUGUCACGAGCUCUGGAAGGGCCUCAAGCGACAGUGGCUGCUGUGCAUGGUUAUGUCGCCCCACGGCUGCGAAGAGUAUUAUAACGACAAGGGACAUCUUGGUCCAGUCGGGAACGGCCUUCAGUGGGUCUUCACCACGGGUCUCCUCUGCAACGCUGGCAUGGUUGAAUCUGCAUUCUGGGAGGCGACCCACAACAACCACGGGGCAGUUGAUUGCCCCUGA